GUAACGGGCGGAUUUUUCAAAUCAUAACGCGCCGGACCCGCGGGAAUGGAACCCAGACCCGCGGGCCGCAGCCACCGCGACACCCCCUGCGGUCAGCACCCCGCCACGAGCAAGGGCCGUGUCACCCCGCGAGGAUGAGCGGAACGCGGCGCGCGAGGAAAAAAAAGAAGCAUCAUGGCGAGCAGCAUAGGGGCCCGGAUAGAGGACUUCAGAGUCCUCAACCUCCUCGGAAAAGGCUCAUUUGCCUGUGUUUACAAGGCACAGUCCAUAAACACUGGCAUCGAGGUUGCUAUAAAAAUGAUAGACAAAAAGGCGAUGCAGAAAGUUGGCAUGGUACAACGUGUCCGAAACGAGGUGGAGAUACAUUGCCAGUUAAAACAUCCCUCUAUUUUGGAGCUUUACAACUAUUUUGAGGACAGCAAUUAUGUUUAUCUAAUUCUUGAAAUGUGCCAUAAUGGUGAGGUGAACCGUUGUCUGAAAAACAGAAAAAAACCAUUCUCCGAAAAAGAAGCUCGACACUUUAUGCAACAGAUUGUGAAGGGAAUGCUUUACCUUCAUUCUCAUGGCAUUCUCCAUCGUGAUCUCACCCUCUCUAAUCUCCUGCUCUCCAAUGAUAUGAACAUUAAAAUAGCGGAUUUUGGCUUAGCAGCUCAGUUAAAAAUGCCAACUGAGAAACACUUUACAAUGUGUGGUACUCCCAAUUACAUUGCUCCUGAAAUCGCUACUAGGAGUGCUCAUGGCCUUGAAUCCGAUGUCUGGUCUUUGGGCUGCAUGUUGUACACGUUUCUGGUGGGUCGACCUCCAUUUGACACAGACACUGUGAAGAAUACACUGAAUAAGGUUGUUUUAGCUGAUUAUGAGAUGCCCAACUUUCUUUCAAGAGAAGCCAAAGAUCUUAUUUUCCAGUUAUUGAGAAAAAAUCCAGCGGACAGGCUUAGUCUUUCAUCUGUGUUGGAUCAUCCAUUCAUGACUGUUUUUUCUUCUGCCAGAAGUGAUGAUAUGGGGACUGUUGAAGACUCCAUUGACAGUGGGCAUGCCACAAUCUCAACAGGCUUUAAUGGAUCUUCUGGAAUUAGUGUUGAUAGCCGCUUACAGGAGAAACGACUUUUAUGUGCUCCUUCUCUCCCUAACAAAAUGAACAUAUUACAGUUUAAAGAUAAACAAGCUCCUGAAUUAAUAUCAGGAGGUGGUGGCAGCUUCAUUAAGAAUCAGGGAGAGCAUAAUGACUUUUUUGAGGGUCGUGGUAGAAAAACUGUGAUUGAAGAUCGACCACAUUCACGAUAUCUUAGGCGUGCUCACUCUUCUGACAGAUCUGGGAAUACACGCAGCCAGACGCAGAGUAAACUAAGCAGUUAUGCAGAGAGGUGUCACUCUGUUGAAGCACUUGUGAAGUCUAAUGGACAGACAGUAGGCUAUCGCAAUUCCUCCUCUUCUCCUGCAAACAGCUAUGGAGAUAUCCCUCAGAUGUUCACAGACCAAGCUGUUGUGAGUUCAGCAUCCUUGGACAGAUAUACCUCUCCUCCAGUAAGAGAAAAGACGCCUUCCGAGUUUCUUUGUCCUUCAAAACCGAUUCCAAGGAUGAAUGAAAAGUGCCCAGCUGAAACCGUACAGCAAUGGUUUGGAGCAAUGCAGAUAAAUGGUGAAAAGAAAAAAUCCUCCAAUAUGAGUAGUGUUAGUAAUUCAGGUGGAGAUUUCUACAGCCAACCUGCUUCUCAGUACACUAGGAGUGAUAUAAGGAAUGGCACAGAUUCCUCAUUUGAAAGCAUUCAGAAAGUUCAAAGAAAGCACAAUGCUUUUGAACAGCAAAAUGAACAAUCCCGUCCUGAUUAUGGUGAUCAUCGUAAAUUAAGGAUACCUCAGCAGACCUUAGGACACUGCACUCUGCGAAGCCUUAUUCCACCUCUUAAUUCAGCCAGACUAAAGCCAAUAAGGCAGAAAACAAAGAAUGCUGUGGUUAGUAUUCUGGACACAGGAGAUGUUUGCAUGGAGUUCUUAAAGGAAUACAAUUCUCAAGAACGUGUAAAAGAGGUCCUCCGAAUAUCGUCUGAUGGUAAUCUGAUCUAUGUUUAUCAUCCAAAUGAAGGAAAAGGGUUUCCCUUGGUCGACAGACCCCCGUCGCCUCCAGAAACCAUGCUGAGUUUCACUUUUGACAGCUUACCUGAAAAGUAUUGGAAAAAGUAUCAGUAUGCAGCAAAAUUUAUACAGCUUGUCCGAUCUAAAACACCCAAAGUUACGUAUUACACAAGAUAUGCAAAGUGCAUGUUAAUGGAUAAUUCCCCAAAUGCUGAUGUUGAAGUCUGUUUUUAUGACGGUGCAAAGAUCCACAAAACAGGAGAUCUUACUCGUGUGAUAGAAAAAUCUGGGAAAUCAUAUACACUGAAGGAAGUCAGCCGAGCCAGUGACCUAAAUGACGAAAUUCAAGCGUAUGUGCAUCAUGCAAAUGAGAGCCAUCAUGUAUGCCUGUCCUUAGAAUCGAUCCUUACUAUAGAGGAAAAAGAGGGUGAAAAUAUUUCAUUGUUUCCAGUUACAUUUGGCAGGAAGCCAAAUAGCACAGAUUCACCUACAGUACAAUCCUCUGAAGCAGACAGCCAUAAACCGCAAUAUCGUGACAAUCUGGUAAUGCCUAGCAGUAAAAAUUCUCCAACCCAGACACCCUCCGCUAAUCCUUCUAUGAUUUCCUAUGAGGGAUCUGUAUUUUCGGCUCAAACUGGCACGGCUGCAAAUGCUACAAAAACCCACACUCCUGAUCCUAGCCAAGUCCUAAAAUCUGUUUUUGUUAAAAAUGUGGGCUGGGCCUCCCAGCUGACCAGUGGGGCAGUAUGGGUACAGUUCAAUGAUGGAUCACAACUUGUAGUUCAGCCUGGUGUUUCCUGCAUUAUUUAUACGGCGCCAAAUGGUCAGGUAACAAGACAUGGUGAAAAUGACAAGCUCCCAGAGUGCAUUAAAAGCAAGCUACAAUGCCUUUCGUCCAUACUUGUGCUCUUUGCAAAUUCAUCAACCCGCUAAGAAAAAGGACACACACAUCAGACCUGAACCAUCAUGGAUUUUUGUCUUGACUGCAGUCUUCCAGAGAUCUGUACAAAACAGCAGACUUGCUCUACUAAACUGGUGCUAGAAAUAUUUUAAAUAAAACUGAAAUAUGAGCUUGUUUUGCAUCUCAGUUCUGUUCUGAGAGCACCCAUAUCAUUGCCUCAAACCUGGUGUUUUUAUAGCAUUUUCCAAUAACGUUCUCUUCGAGGUUUCUUAAACGGUGUAUAGAAGAGUAUAACAUUUCUACUUCACUAUACAAGAAUAUUAACCGUUUACAUAUCUGCUUUGUGUUCCUGUAAAUGUUGUAUGUUUUGUAAUAUGAAAAGUAUAUAUUUUUUAUUUUUUAUCUGUUAACUUAUA